AUGGUGAAACUCUUUAACAAAGUCCCGAGGACAACAACGCUGGUCGUUGGGGGCCAAGAGUACCCCGAGGUCAAAUGGUGGAAGCACCGGUCUCUCAUCCACCUGCACUGUCUGUGCGCGAUUCUGCUGCUCUCCUCGGCCACCAAUGGAUAUGACGGGUCCAUGAUGAACGGCCUCCAGACGUUGGACUACUGGCAGAACUCCUUCAAUCAUCCGUCUGCUUCAAUGCUCGGGCUGCUCAACGCCAUCUUCUCUGUCGGCCAGGUCGUGGGGCUGCCUUUGGUGCCCUAUCUCGCUGACCACAUCGGGCGCAAGUGGACCAUCUUGGUGGGCAGCUCGCUAAUCUUCCUGGGCGUCAUCCUGCAGACCGUCAGUAUCAAUAUCGGAAUGUUCAUUGCCUCACGAUUUAUCAUCGGCCUCGGCAUCGUCUACACGCAAAGCUGUUCUCCCAUGCUCAUCACGGAACUUUCGCACCCUCAGUACCGCGCAAGGUUGACCACGAUCUAUAACACGUUGUGGUACCUCGGGUCCAUCAUUGCCAGCUGGACCACGUACGGGACCCUCAAAAUGGAGAGUCAGUGGUCGUGGAAGCUGCCCAGUAUCUUACAGGCGUUCCCUUCGGUGAUCCAACUCUUCUUGAUAUGGCUGGUACCCGAAUCGCCGCGAUACCACAUUGUCAAAGGACGUCACGAUGUCGCCAAGAAGAUAUUCCAGCGUUUCCACGGUCCGGCGUCCGGACAGGAUUUUGUCGAAAGCGAAUAUCGCGAAGUGCUGGAAACAAUGGCACUGGAGAAGGAAUUUGCCAAGCGCGGCAUUUCGGAGCUCUGGUCGACCAAGGGCAAUCGUCAUCGGUUGUUGAUCGUCACCACGGCUGGCAUCUUCAGCCAAACCGCAGGAUCUGGCAUCGUGUCCUACUACAUCUUCCUGGUGCUCGAACAGAUCGGGAUCACAAACUCCAAUGACCAGCUGAUCCUGAACGGAUGCCUGACCAUCUUCAACAUGUGCAUUGCCACCGGCAUGGCCUUCACGGUCGACAAGUUCGGACGUCGCCCGCUCUUCCUGACCGCGACCUUUGGCAUGUGUUUCGCCAUGACCGGGUGGACGAUUGCGAGCCAACGGUACGGGGUAGAUGGCACGGACGCCGCAGGCCGCGCAGUCAUUGCCCUCAUCUUCGUCUUCAUGUUCUUCUACAACCUCGCCUGGUCGGGCCUGCUGAUUGGCUAUGUCGUGGAGAUCUCACCUUUCUACCUCCGGUCGAGAUACCUCACAGUCAUGCUCCUUAGCGUGGCUGCGGGCUUGUUCUUCUCAAACUAUGUCAACCCCGUCGCGCUCGAGAAUAUCAAGUGGAAGUACUACCUGUGCUACAUCAUUUGGCUGGCGAUCCAGUCGGCCGUGGUCUACUUCUUCUAUAUCGAGACGAAAGGCCACAGCCUGGAGACGAUUGCCGUGUGCUUUGAUGGAGACGACGCAAAAGUCGGUGGCCAGGCGGCGACCGCAAAGGGGAAAGAACUUCUGGGGCAGCUCGACGACAAAAAGUCUCUCGAUACGCACAUUGAGCAGGUGCCGACCUUGGAUAAGGACUGA